AAACAUGCACUAAACUCGUAGGGAAAAAAAAAGGCUCUUGUAUUUAUCUAUGAUCGUUCUUUAACUUACUAACUGCAGUAACUAACUUUUGCAAAAACCAGAUGGCGGAGUUUGAAGGAGGAAACGGUUCAAAGCCCAAGAGGCCUAGCAGAAAGCUCACGUGGGCUUCGGUAGCCCAACCAGCUCUCGAAAAGGCGCGAAAAUCUUCCCAAACGCAAAUUCUAGCAACCAUCUUCUUCGUAAUCUUCGUCACUUGCGCACUCUUCAACGCCUUCCCCAACCGCCGCACCACCAUGCCAGAAUCUGAAUCCGACGACAACUCCGGCUUUGACAUGACAGUAAAUUUCGCCUCCGCCAGCCAACCCUGCUCCGACGCCGCCGCCAUAGCAACUGCAGAUUCCUCGUCCUCCGCCAUUAAGGUCUACAUGUACGACCUUCCCAUUCGGUUCACCUACGGUGUCAUCGCCGCCCGGUCCGCCUCCCGAGGCGGCGGCACGCCAGAGAAUCUAACCUCCCUGAGCUACCCGGGACACCAGCACAUGGGAGAGUGGUUUCUGUUCCUGGACAUGAACCGUCCAGAGUCAGAUCGGAUAGGGUCACCGGUGACCCGGGUGAUGGACCCGGAAGAAGCGGAGCUGUUCUACGUGCCGUUCUUCUCGUCGCUGAGCCAGCUGGUGUCGACGAGCCAACAAGGUGAUGGGUCGGAGGCGGCAUACAGCGACGAGGAGACGCAGGAAGCGCUGGUGGAGUGGCUGGAGGGGCAGAAGUACUGGCAGAGGAAUGGAGGAAGGGACCACGUGUUCACGGCGGCGGACCCGAAGUCGCUGUUGCAUGUGAUGGAUAAGGUGAAGAAUAGCGUGCUUCUUGUGGUUGGGUUUGGGAGGUUGAGAGGGGAUCAGGGUUCUCUGGUGAAGGAUGUGGUGGUUCCUUAUCCUCAUAGACUCAGAACCUAUGAGGGUGAUCUUGGUCUUCAGAAUCGUCCCACCUUGCUUUUCUUCAUGGGUGCUCGCUUUCGCAAGGAGGAAGGGAGAAUUCGUGAUGUACUGUUUCAAGUCCUCGAAAAUGAACGGGACGCUAUAAUAAAGCAUGGAGUUCAAUCGACAGAGAACAGAAGAGAAGCAUCAAAUGGAAUGCACACAUCAAAGUUCUGCUUGAAUCCUGUUGGAGACACUUCAACUUCUUGCCGCCUCUUUGACUCCAUAGUUAGCCUCUGUGUUCCGGUGAUCGUUAGUGAUACCAUUGAGGUGCCCUUUGAAGAUACCAUUGAUUAUAGAAAGAUAGCAAUCUUUGUAGAAUCUGCUGCUGCUGUCAAACCUGGAUAUUUGAUGUCACUGUUGAGAGCAAUUCCUCCUGAGAGAAUUGUUGAAUAUCAAAGAGAAAUGCUAAAGGUAAGACGAUACUUUCAAUAUGGUGUAUCAAACGGAGCAGUGGAUGAAAUCUGGCGCCAAGUUACAAAAAAGUUACCAUUGAUUAAGCUAAUGAGCAAUCGUGACAAAAGGUUGGUAAUAAAGGAAUCAGAUUGUUCUUGCGUAUGUGCAAAUCCAACUACUAACAGAACUCCAUAGCAUGCUUUCUCGAACAAGAAAGAAUGAGUUUUUGAGUUUUGACAAAUAAAGCCUGUGACUCAUCACUUUUAUCCCACAUUCAAUACGAUGAAAAAUGUUAAUUUUUUCUGCUACGUGGAGAAAAAUUAUUGGCUUUGAGUCAAAUACAUCUUGAGACGAAGGCCUUUUUUUUUUCCAACAACGUCCAUGUUUAUACUUAAUAGUACCAUAUGGCAAGCACAAGUUCUGAUAUGUUGUGGUAGAUGCAAGUGUGGGAGCAUAUAGAUUUAUUUACGUAUUAAGUUUAUUAUGAGG